AUGAAAUUAAGUCUUAUUCGAUUUGGUGGUGGUGGUGAUGCUGAAGUACCAGCUCAUAUUCGACAAAAGAUGGCUACUAAUUGGUAUGUUCGUCAUUUUAAUUCAUAUACAACUCGUGGUCGAGCUAAUUCUGUAAUGGGUGUUAUUGGUGGUUGGAUACUUUUUGGUUAUACGAUGACAAAAUGGAGUCAAUCACGUAAAGCUAAACGAUUAGCAUCUGAACCUCCUAAACCAUCAGCUCCAGCUCCACCUCCACAUUCAUCAUCACCAAAAAAGAGUGGUCAUCAUUAA